AUGACUACGUGGGACAUGCACAAAAACAUUCCCAAACGUUAUAUCUUAGGUUUCUUGGCAUUUCUCGGGUUUUUCAAUGCGUUUAUGCUUCGAUCAAAUCUAUCAAUAGCGAUUGUAUCUAUGGUGACACCAACAUUUCAUAUCACUCCAUCUAAUAUAACCAUAAUCCAACCGACUGGAUAUAGUUGGAGCACUAAAACACAAGGUUAUAUUCUUUCGUCGUUUUUCUAUAGCUAUGCAGCUAUUCAAAUUCCAGCUGGAUUUUUAGCGACAGUGUUAGGCGGACGACUUCUAUUCGGUACGAGUAUAGGUUUAUGUGCACUAUUAACAUUAUUGACACCAUUGUGCGCUCAUAUUGGUCCGACGGCAUUAAUAAUUCUUCGAAUCCUUGAAGGUUUUGCUUCCGGUUUUAUUUACCCGUCGCUUCAUUUCAUCUGGUCGAAAUGGGCACCGAAAGAUGAUAAAUCCAAACUAGCAACGAUCGCAUUUUCAGGCAGUUAUUUCGGCACAUUUGUAACCAUAUUUCUCGGUGGUUUUAUUGCUGUUCAUUGGUCAUGGCAAUGGAUAUUCUAUUUAUCUGGAUUAUCUGGUUUACUGUGGACACUUUGUUGGUUUUACUUUUCUGCUGAGUCUCCCUCGACGCAUUUAACGAUAUCCGAAGAAGAAGCAGCAUAUAUCGAGGCGAAUCUAGUUCAUCCUGUAUCACGAAAUUAUUCCAUUCCAUGGAAAGAUAUCUUAACAUCGCUUCCUGUCUGGGCGAUUAUUGCCGCAAAUUUCGGUACGAAUUGGUGUAUUUAUGUGAUGCUGACUGAGUUGCCAAUAUUUCUCUCGCGCGCACUUGGCUACCAAGUUGAUCAGGCUGGCGUUCUCGCAGGCAUUCCUUGGCUACCGUUAGCUGUUUUAGUUUCAGCCGCUGGAAUUAUUUCGGAUCGUUUAACUCAACAGCAUUCGACAGGAUACGUUCGAAAAUUAAUUAUGUCGAUAUCGUUUAUUUUUAUCUCAUUGGCUCUACUCAUGGUUACUCUCUUAGACGCCCAUCAUCGUGCAUUGAUUAUCAUCGGCGUUAUCAUCGCGACAAGUAGUUGUGGUCCGGCAUGGGCGAGUUUCGGCGUGAAUCAUCUGGACAUUGGAGCUUACUAUGCCGGAAUCUUGAUGGGCGUAUCGAAUUGUCUUGGAUCGAUUCCGGGAUUCUUAGUACCAAUCUUGACAGGUUAUAUCGUUGAAAAUACACACAUUAAACGCGAAUGGAACAUCAUCUUUAUAAUAUCGAUUGUGAUCUGUGUAUUUGUGUUGAUGUUUUAUACAUCGUUUGCUUCGGGUGAAUUACAACCGUGGGCACGUGUCCAUUCCGAUGAAUAUCAACAUGUUUUAAGCACUCCCAUCGCAUCUCGCGAUCCUAGUCAAGCAGCUGGCUUGAAUGAUAACAAUAUUGAUGAUUUGACAGAUCGAUUAAAAGCAGAAAUUCAAACAGAACAACCUGCCGAAUGA